AUGCUUGUCGACAAAGCAUUGAUUGCAUCCCUAUUGGGAUUUGCCGCUACCUCAACAGCGCGCAUCAUCGCCACAGAUGAAGUCCCCUUCAGCGGUCCAUCAUUCCUCUCCAACUUUGAUCCCUCCAAUUCCACCUCGAUCAGUCAUGCCAAAUCGAAAUUCCCUGGCCUCAUCGAUAGCCUCUUCUCAACCGGUGAUCUCAAUCGCACUGACUUGGCUUUCCACAUUGACGUCUUUUCAGCUGCAACCAAUCAAUCCAUCUACAGCUAUUCGCAUGUUGGAGAGAACUCGAAGAAGUCUGUGACGUCCGGAGAAUUUAACGACAAGACCAUCUCCCGCAUUGGAAGUGUGACUAAACUCUUUACUGUCUAUGCAAUCAUAGCCAAGGCUGGUAUGGAAGUCUUCAGUCACCCUGUGACGAAGUACCUCCCCGAACUGGCAGGUAAUUCGGCCGACGAUCCAUUGGAGGAAAUCCGCUGGGAGGAUAUCACCGUUGGAGCGCUUGCAUCUCAGCAGGCUGGUUCUGGGGGUGUUGCCGACUUCAUUGAAAAAUAUGCCAACCCCGAUAACCCAUUGGACUUUUCACCAGAAGAUCUUUUGAAGUUCUUCCGUGACGAGAAAAAGCCAGUCAUCUCUCCAUUCCGAAAUGCUGUUUAUUCUGAUGGCGGCUUUGCUAUUCUGGGACAGGUACUUGCACGUCUCUCGGGAAAGACUUAUAGGCAAGCUGUCCAAGAAAUCCUUUUCAAUCCAUUAGGCUUGGAGAGCAUGUCGACAACUGUUCCAACGGGCUCGGAUCUUAAUGUCGUCGAUCGCCGCGGUAUUGACAAGAACACCUCAUGGGGCGGUGACUUGGAAAUUGUUGCGUCAACUGGCAGUUACUAUUCCAACGCUGAAGAUCUCCGGGCCGCAGGUCUCGCCAUCUUGAACUCCGAGAUUCUCUCCCCAGCCACAACAUCCCAAUGGAUGAAACCCAGCAGUGGGACUGGCAGUCUAGUCGAGCUCGUCGGUGCUCCAUGGGAAAUCUCACGUCUCGAGAUCCCCGUCACCCCAGGCUCAAACCGUACCCGGAUCUCAGAUCUCUACACCAAGGCCGGCGGUAACGUCGACUAUACAUCCAUUUUUGCCCUAUCACCAGACCACGGCAUCGGUUAUUCCAUCCUGGUUGCAGGUUUCACCGCAACCCCCGCCCGAUGGCCCCUCCGCAACUUAGUCGGCGAGACAUUCAUACCCGCCGCCGAACAUGCAGCUACUGAAAACGCCAAACGAAACCUGGCCGGCACGUUUGUCGACGAAGCGUCACCAGAUACAAACAUCACGCUGUCUGUUGACCGAGGCCGUCCUGGGCUUGGUCUGAAAUCGUUCUGGCUUAAGGGCGAGAACGCCCGCGAUAAUGCGCAUUGGCGUCUCUACCCGACUGGUCUCAAUUCCUUCUCGAGGUCUCUGUCUGCCUUGUACAAGACUAAGGGCAAGCUUCGUGUGGCGCACCGCAUGGUGGAACCGGAGCCCCCGAUGAAACCUCGUGCGGCUGUUGAAGGUGGAAAGGGUGGUCUGUUUGACAACUCUUUUGUGUGGAUGAACCUUGACUUUGCUGGGCCCUCUGAUGAGUUUAUCUUCAAUUUGGUUGAUGGAAGACUUGUCAGUAUUGAGUAUCCUCAGACCGGCUCUGUUCUCAAGCGAGCUUGA